CGCGCGGACCUGCACACUUUGCAAAAGUAGUUUUGGCGAUUGUUGCUCGGGCGGCCGGCGCCGGGACAUUGCAGGGUGCGCGCGCGCGCGCGCGUGUGUGUGCGCGUGUGUGUGUGUGUGUGAGCGUGUGUGUGUGUGUGUGUGUGUUGGGAGAUUAGGACGCGACUUGAAUAUUUAUGAGCUUUGCUCUACACGGACUCGCCGUGUUUACUUGGCUCUUUGUUCCCCCCUCCCCCGGCACACAUUCACACUCCUUCACACACGCACCCCGGCCUGCAAACUUGCACGGCUCGGGGCGCGCCGCCGGGUGGCCUCGGCCCCCGCCCCGCCCCGCGAGCUGCCCUGAUGCGGCGGCAGCCACAGAACGGAGACCUCAGCAAGCUCCACGAACGGCAGCCCCGGAUCGCCGCGCUCAGCGACAAACAAGCUCUGGGCACCAUCUCGGCUGUGCCCGGUGUGGGCCUCCCCGUCAGCUCCCUGCAGAGGUUGGCCGGGCACGGAGCGGCAGUGCUACCUCAGGUUAGGCCAAAGACCCUGAUCCCGGACAGCCUCCCCGUGGCGCCGGGCCGGGAGCGGCCCCCCAAGCAGCCCCCGGCGUUCCCCAAGGGCACCGCGGUUGGCGUCAAGAACCCCAGCCCCGCCCUCCCCACCGCCAACAGCACCGCGGGCCAUGGCGGGCAGCCCCGGGCCCUCGCCGAGCCCGCGGCCGUCGGCUGUCCCCUGAGCGGCGCGGGGGUGGCCUACGCCAUCAUCUCCAGCACCCCCAGCAAUGCCGGCGCUGUGGCCCCCGGCUCCGCCGUGGCCGUGCUCAGAGAAAGCAUCAAAGUGCAGCCGCUUCUCAUCAGCAGCGACAGCAAGGUCAUCAUCCUCCAGCCCCCCGUGCAGACGCAGCCCGAGGGCCCGGCCCAGCCGCGGUCGCCCCCCGAGGAGCCGCCCCAGGGAGCCCCGGACAAGCAGCCCCCGGGCCAGGAGACCCCCGAGAAACUCGCCUUCAUGGUGGCGCUAGGCCUGGUCACGACGGAGCAGCUGGAAGAAAUCCAGAGCCGGCGGCAGGAGCGCAAGCGGAGGAGCACAGCCAACCCUGCCUACAGCGGCCUCCUGGAGACAGAGAGGAAGCGGCUGGCGCCCGGCUACCUCAGCACCCCGCUGCCCCUCACAGCCAGAGCCAAUGAGGAGCCCUGCUGGAAGAGUGAACUCGCCCAUGACGAGCACUGUGCCGUGUGCAAGCGAGGGGCCGACCUCCAGCCGUGCGGCACCUGCCCGGGGUCCUACCACCUCGGCUGCCUGGAGCCCCCCGUUAAGACGGCGCCCAAGGGGCUGUGGAUGUGCCCCAAGUGCCAGCAGAAGGCCCUGAAGGACGAGGGCGCGCCCUGGAGCGGGAUGCUGGCCGUCGUGCACUCCUAUGUCACCCACAAGUCAGUCAAAGAAGAGGAGAAGCAGAAGCUGCUGCAGAGAGGCGGCGAGCUGCACGCCGAGCGCCAGCAGCUGGAGGCGCGGGACCGGCGCCUGGCCUCGGCCGUGAAGAAAUGCCUGGAGCUCAAGAGCAGCCUGCUGGCCCGGCAGCGGGGGGCCCAGUCCACCCUGGGCCGCCUGCGAGCGCUCCUGCGGCUCAUCCGGGGCACCGUGACCAGCGCCAGCGCCGCCCCACUGCUGCCCAUGGCCUGGACCAAGCCGGCCGCGCUGCCCGUGCACUCGGCCCUCCAGCACCCCCCGGGCCACAACUGACGCCCCGGAAAGCCACAGGGACGCUCGGCACAAGGCCCGGGGGUCCCGUCCGCCUUAACUCAGAAACGCUGUGAAUUCCAGACGCGAACUGCCGCCGGCCGGCCGGGGCGGAGGAGGCGGGCUCGGGGGUCCGGGGAGGGCACCCCCGAGGGAGGGAGCAAGGCCCCCCGGGCCCUGGCCAGAGCUGCAGGCAGCAGUCUGGGCCCCGCCGGUCAGUAUUAGGGGCCGCGGCCCCGUCGCUGGAAGGGCUCCUGGGCCGGGCGCCCCGCACCCCUGCACUCGGAGCCUCGCCCCCCCCUCCCCGCACCCCACCCCCACCCCACGUCGCCAGUGCAGACACGAAGCCAAAAACGACCUUUUUCCCUUUUUGUGAGGCGUUGGGUUCCGGGAGGGGCCCGUGGCCGGGGAGGUGGGGGGCCGCUGCUGGCCGUUGCCUGCCCAGAGUGGUCCCUGCGCAGGGGCGAGGGGACCCUCCCCUUCGAGGGGGCAUGCUGCCAAACUGGAGGGAUCCACUUCCUGUGAUCCCGAGACCCCCCCAGAGAGACCAAACCGAUCUGUCAAGGGCCCCCCGCGCCCCCCCGCCCCCCCCCCAGCCCCGGCUCCUCAGCCACCAGCAGCCCCAGGACUUAGCACAACAGGAUCGUCACGUCCGCCCCCGCCCCGACUCCCCGCAUAUCACAUGGUGCCGAACCGCUUAGAACACGUGUGUGCCGGGGGCUCCUGCCCCACACGCAGACAGGUCAGAGGGAGGAGGCGGCGGGCCCCCCCGCAGCCCCGGGCCCUCCCGCCCUCCUGAGCCGGGAGAAACUGUGCUGUAUGAUACAGAGCUAUUUUAAUACACCGACACUGGGUUGAACAAGAUUUUUCUAUUCUUUUACGGAAGAGCAGAGUGUGCCCGAGCCCUGCCCGCCGCCCGCUCGGCGUCCAUGUCUGAGGUUCGUUUCCCGUCUGGUUUGUCUUCUCGGAUGGACUGAAUUCAUUUUCUUUCUUUCUUUUUUUUUUUCCCCCCUUUUUCCAACGUGCUGAGAGGCGAGGAGAGGCCCAGCCCGGGAGGGGCCGCUGCUGACUUCCUCGAGACUCCGUUUUCCGUUGCUUUCUUUCUCCCGAGUGGGCUGGGGCUCGGGGCGGGGAAGGGCCAGCCCGGGCUAGUGAGGUAGAGAGAGUGUUUGUCUUCGCUAAGCUGAUGUAGUUUUCCUGCUGUGAGACGCAUUAAACUCAUGGAUGG